CUCUCUUUUUUAACUUUCUAAUCUCUAUCCACUUCGUUUUCUCUCUCCACAUGCCAACGAAGCAAUAUAGCUAUGAAAAGCUAAACCCUUCUUCCUCUGCUUAUUAGAUUACUUGUGCUUCAUUUUGUUAUUCAUGAUGAAUCCAGAUCUUGCUUGUUGAUUCAUGAUACAAAAGCUUUUACCUUUUUGCUCUGAGUUUGUCUUCUUUGUCUGGAUGACAGAGAUCUAGUCAAUAUGCUUGGUGAGAUGAUCUUAGGGGUUGUCUGAGAUCUGACUUUGCUUUUAAAAGUUUGAUUAGUCUGUUGAAGUUAGAAAGUUUGAACCCAUAUAAUAAUAGAUCGGAAGAUGUUUAAGCAGAUACUUGGGAAGCUUCCUAAGAAACCUUCUUCUUCUUCUUCUGCUAAGUUUUGGGAUAACAACAACAACAAUCAAGUUGAUGAGAGACCAUCAUCAAAUGGAGAUUGUGUUGAGGUGUUGCCAAGGCUGAGAGAUGUUUCAAUCUCCGAGAAGCAAGAACUCUUCCUCAAGAAGCUUAGGCUAUGCUGCGUAGUGUUCGACUUCGUCUCCGAGCCUCCUCAACUUAACCUCAAGGAGAAAGAGAUCAAAAGACAAACACUUCUCGAAGCUGUAGACUAUGUCAUCUCCUCAGGGAACAAGUUCCCCGAACCAGUUAUCCAAGAAGCUACAAACAUGGUUUCAGCUAACCUCUUCAGUAAUAACACUCACCAACAGUGGAAGAACAAGAAAACUCCACAAGGAUUAGAUUCGGAAGAACCAGAAGAAGAAGGAGUCUCUUUAAACCCUUCUUGGCCUCACUUGCAGAUCAUCUACGAGUUCCUCCUGAGACUCGUCGCCUCUCCCAACACAGACGCCAAGAUAUCCAAGAAGUACAUCGACCAAACCUUCGUCCUCAAGCUCCUCGACCUGUUCGACUCCGAAGACCACAGGGAGAGAGAGUACCUCAAAACCAUACUCCACAGAAUCUACGGGAGGUUCAUGCCCCACCGCCCUUUCAUCAGGAAGACAAUGAACAACAUCUUGUACGACUUCAUACUAGAGACAGGGAAACACUCCGGCGUCGCAGAGUUUCUCGAAGUUCUCGGAUCGAUCAUCAACGGGUUCGCCUUGCCUCUCAAGGAAGAGCACAAGCUCUUCCUCACUAAAGUGCUUGUCCCUCUCCACAAACUCAAAUGCUUGCCUAGCUACCACCAGCAGCUCUCUUACUGCGUCAUACAGUUCGUUGAGAAAGACUGUGAGCUCGCUGAUACGGUGAUCAGAGGGUUGUUGAAGUACUGGCCGGUUACUAACAGCUCUAAAGAACUCAUGUUCUUGAAUGAGUUGGAGGAGAUACUAGAAGCCACUCAGGUGACGGAGUUCGAACGGUGUAUGGUUCCCCUCUCUCGCCAAAUCGCUCAGUGCUUGAGCAGCUCUCACUUUCAGGUAGCGGAACGGGCUUUGUACUUAUGGAACAACGAUCAUGUCAGUAGUUUGGUGAGACAGAACAGUAGGAUCGUUUUACCGAUAGUGUUCCCUGCUUUGGAGAAGAACGGUAGUAGCCACUGGAACCAGGCUGUGAAGAACUUGACUGAGAAUGUUCUCAAGGAUUUGUCUGAUACGAAUCCGGAACUGUUUGAAGAGUGUUUGCGCAAGUUUCGAGAAGAUCAGCAGAGUACAGCGGAUGCUAAGAAGAAGAAUGGAGAGACGUGGAGACAGUUAGAGGAGAUUGUUGCUUCCAAAAGACACACAUCAAUUGAGAAGUGAGUUUUUUUUUUUCCUUCAGCUUUACACGAUACAAAGAAAAGAUUAUUUUAUGUUAUGUUUUUUUUUUUGGUCUGGUCUUUGACGUAUGAAAGGUAUAUACAGUUUUUACUUGCUUGGUUGCUUCAAGUCUCUGGUUUUGUAGACAGAUGUUUGUCCUUUUUCAGUUCUUGAAUUGUCUGUCUGUAUACUUCUGUUCAUGUAAUCAUCUUCUUAUGAAAAAACUCGAGUUUUUCUA